CCCCCUCCGGCCAAUGGCGCCCCGGGUCACAAACCUGCUCCACCAUUGCCCGGAAGCGCCGCCGGGGCCGCUGCGCGGUGCGGCCGCCGCCGUCCCCCGCGCCAGCCCCGCCGAGCCCCGCGCCAGCCCCGCUGCAGGCGCAGGACGGGCCGCCCUGUGUGUUUCGGGGGCCGCUGCGCGCAUGCUCGGGCCGAGUGACGCCGCGACUCCAUGAUCCUCCCUGCAGUCACUUUCAGCCACUCGGCCUGGCCAGGAUCCCACUGGGAACCCAUGAACUUCACUGACAGAGCCUCACAAUGACAGAGGAAGCAUGCAGGACACGAAGUCAGAAACGAGCCUUAGAACGUGAGGUACCGCACAACGAUGUGGACAGUAAAAAAAUAAAAAUGGAGAAAGGACUGUUAGGAGCAGAGAUCAAUGCUGAAGGCGACAUGAAAAUAAAGACAGAUCCUGCAGCUGGGAAAGUGCAAGGAUUAUUAAAAAGUGGAGAGGUGAAAGCAACCAUUAAAGUGGAGGUUCAGACGGGAGAUGAGCCUGUGGACAUGAGUACCUCAAAAAGUGAAAUGAGAGAAAAGAGAGUCCCCUCACCAGAUGUUAUAGUUUUAUCCGACAAUGAACCUUCUAGCCCUAGGAUGAAUGGUUUAACAAAAAUAGCAUUAAAAGAGACCAACACGGAGGCCCUCAUGAAGAGCAGCCCAGAGGAGCGUGAGAGGAUGAUUAAACAGCUGAAGGAAGAGCUACGGUUAGAAGAAGCAAAGCUUGUUUUGUUGAAAAAGUUACGGCAAAGUCAAAUCCAGAAGGAGACCACUACUCAGAAGCCUGCUGGUUCCUCUGGGAGUGCUGUGGCCACCCCUCCGCCCUUGGUGCGGGGACCGCAGAGCGUUCCUGCUGGCAAGCCAUCCCUCCAGACCUCUUCUACACGGAUCCCAGGCACUGUUAUUCCCCCUCCCUUGGUCCGUGGAGGGCAGCAGACUUCUUCAAAAUUAGGAACUCAGCAAAACACGCAGAUAGUGAUGCCACCUCUGGUCAGAGGAGCACAGCCCAUUUCUGUCUCUUCCCAGCAAAUCCACAACAUCCGACAGCACUCCAGCACGGGGCCUCCUCCGCUGCUGCUGGCGCCACGGGCCUCGGUCCCCAGCGUCCAAAUUCAGGGACAGAGGAUUAUCCAGCAGGGGCUGAUCCGUGUGGCCAACGUCCCCAACACCAGCCUGCUGGUCAACAUCCCACAGGCUUCCCCAACUUCAAUCAAAGGUACCACAGUGACAUCUGCUCAGGCCAAUGCCACCACGACCAGUGCCGCUUCCAUCGUCAACUCCAGCGAGUCCCCGGCCAGCCGGCAAGCGGCCGCCAAGCUGGCCUUGCGGAAGCAGCUGGAGAAGACACUCUUGGAGAUCCCUCCUCCCAAGCCACCUGCUCCAGAGAUGAACUUCCUGCCAAGUGCAGCCAAUAACGAAUUUAUUUACCUAGUCGGGUUGGAAGAAGUUGUGCAGAAUCUGCUGGAGACUCAAGGUAAAGUUUCGGUCCCCGUGUCCUCCCGCGAGCCCUACAUGUGUGCUCAGUGUAAGACUGACUUCACCUGCCGCUGGAGGGAGGAGAAGAACGGGACCAUCAUGUGUGAAACCUGCAUGACAUCCAACCAGAAGAAGGCCUUGAAAGCUGAGCACACCAACCGGCUGAAGGCCGCCUUCGUCAAAGCCCUGCAGCAGGAGCAGGAGAUCGAGCAGAGGAUCCUGCAGCAAACCUCCUCUCCUGGGCAGACCAAGGCAGACCCCAUCGUGCAGCACCACUCGCUCAAGCAGACUUCCAGCCAGAUGUCCCGAGGUCCUGGAGGUGCCCGGGGGGUGUUGCACCCCUUCAGCCAGUCCCCCAAGCUGCAGAACACCUCGUCUGCUGCAGCCCUGGGCAGCCGGCCGGGGAAGCACACGGAGAGACCCGGCAGCAAGGGCAGCGCGGCCGCCUGGAAGAAGACUCCCAUCAAUACAGGGGGGGCUCUGCCCUUCGUCAGCCCUGGUUUAGCUGUGCACAAGUCCUCCUCAGCCGUCGACCGCCAGCGCGAGUAUCUCCUGGAUAUGAUUCCCCCACGGUCCAUCCCACAGUCUGCCACGUGGAAAUAAUGCAGAGGAGCCCAGAGGAAGACUUUCCUGUCUCUGCCAUCCUUUUUAUACCACAUUACAGUGGAAUCUGCUUUAAUCCCAGCUGGAUAUGCCCCAGGCUUUAUAGGAUGCAAGAAGACCACUCCUCAUCCCAUCGAGUGCUGCUGUCCCUGCUAUGAGAAAAUGACACCACGUGGGUGGGAAAGACUUGAGCUCAUUUGGUUCAGAUUCUGAUGAUUUGACUGAUGAUGAAGGCUGUCAGGGAAGGGGAAGAAUCCUUUUUCUCUCUCUUUUUUUUUUUUUUGUGUUGUUUUGUUUUGUUUGCUUUAUGUAUUUAGUUUGGAUGGUUGGUUGUUUUAUUUUUUGGCACCAGCACAAAAGGAGGGACUGAACGACUCUGCCUUUGGGUUCCUUAUUCAUAGCUCCCCGUGCAGCAGGAACGUGGUGUUCCCUGGGGAUGGAUGUCACUGCAAGGAGAGAGAGGAAUUUCAACCCCAUCCUGCAGAUGCAUUUAGUGAGCCGAGUUCAUGUUUGCUUUUCUUCCCUGCCCCUCCUCCAGCCAGGAAGGCAGUUCUACAGAUCAUAAUGUUUCCAAAUCUUCUGAUGAUGAUGAGCUAAUGAUAAAUAAGUGCAAACUCAAAAUUCCAGUUGAGUAUGUUUUGUUUUUCUUCCUAAGGGACUGGCUGCCACCAAAACUUGUCUGGUAGGUGGGAACCAGUGCAGGAGUCUCUCACUUUUGUUGGAUUCUGUUUGGAAUAGACUUUGAACUGUUGGUAGUCUGAAAACCUAAUUUCCUGAAUAGACAAACACCUUUGUUCAGUCUUUCUAAUUCAGCGAAGAGCAGUUGGGCCUUUCAUAUGUUCCCAGAGACUUUAAAAGUUGAAACUGUUUUUGAUUAUUUUCUUUUUUGGAGGGUUUUUGUUGUUGUUGUUGUUGUUGUUUUGAGCAAUUUUGCUCAAAAAAAAAAAAAAAAGGAAAAAAAAAAGAAAAAAGGAAAAAAAAAAAAAGGAAAAAAAAAGUAGGGAUUCCAGAAGCUGCACGCAAUCAGAGGGGGGGGAAUUGCAGGGAGCAGAGGAGGAGGGGGAGGCUCCUUCCUCUGCUCAUUCCUGCUGGGAAGGGCUGGUCCCCGUGCUGCUCCUUGCCGUGGUGGCCCUGGUGACAAUGCCAGCACGUGCUGGGGGCAGGACUGCCCACCUUGAUCCCUCUCCAGCUCCGUUCUUCCAGGCAUCCCGAGCAUGCUCCUCUGUCCAUCACUUGUUUCCCUCUUGACAGAGCUUUAGGUGACCCUGCUUUAAGGACAGCUCUCCAAGUGGUUUUAAAUGUUUUGGGAAUUCCACGAGUUUCAACCCAAACCCAUCAGGUCCAGUUUUGGUUUGUUCCUUUCUUGUCACCUUCCCUGUGCUUCUCCCAAAUUACAAGUUGAAUUCAAGUGGCAGAAAUAUGCCUUACUACUUAUGUUGCAUAUCAGUGCUGGAAGUAGUGCUGAUAAGAAUUAUUUGCAAAAUUAUAUAUAUAUAUCUAUAUAUCUAUAUAUAAAAGAAAAGGGGGGGGGAGGGGAGAGGGGUUACUGUUCAGCCCAUGCUGAAUCUAUUUUCUUAGCAGUUGCUGUUAGAUCCAACACCAACCCAAGAACUGGGCAGGGUUGUUCCCCCUUCAGAUCUAACUUGAAUAGUGACACAAAAAACUCCUUCAUUUGAGCCCCUCUUCCAUUGUGUGAAUAUCAGUAUUUAGAUACUUUAAAAAAAAAAACCCAAACCUGUUCAGUAGUCUAGAAACUCCCUAGUUUUGCAACUGUAUAAAGCCCUAGAACUUCAAUUUGACUUUGGUUUUGUUUGUUUGUUUGUUUUUACAAAUGUACAUGAAGAAAAUGGGGAUGAGAGGAA